UGAGUGUUCAGUGUGACGCGAACCGCGGCCUCGCCAUCACCGUGCAAGUGUAGUCAUCGAUGACUUCGUAGUCUUAUUCGUCUCGUCCGGGACAUGCGGCCGAGAUCGGAACAUACUCACAAGUCACAACUCGUCGAGUGUUAAUUUAUAUAAAUAUAAUAUAAUAUUAUAUUCGUUUAUCGUAACUGUGAUAAUUAUAGUUAUCGCCGGAGUUCUCGCGCGAGUGAGUGCUUUAUAAUAUAUAUAUAUAUAUACCAUAUACAUCGCGUGUAAACGAUUGAAAUGUGUUAGGCGGCAGCGAUUGCGAUCUGUUUGAGAUGAUCGUACGAAUGAAAUCUCAGAGAUGACGACCGACAGAAUUCCCAUAUGGCUAUACGACAAAAAACUCUGGAUCAACGACGCGGACAGGCGUACCACGUGCGCCGACGUGGCGACCACGUUGACGGGUCGCGGCAGUGACUACGCUGUGGCCGUAGACGGCGCGCACACAGCCACCAUGGUGGCGGAUCCCGGCGUCAGAGUGCUGAAGAUCUGGCAGAGCUUGCGGCCGGACCAAAAGCUGUGCUUGCGAAAAGUGAGCGGAAAUGGCUACCAGCAACAACACCGCAACGGUCACAUCGUCGACAGCGUCACCAGCGGCGGCGUCGGCGAUGACGACGACAUAACGUCCGAGAUGAGCGGUUACCGCGGCGCUCACAGGAAGCGCCGACGGGAAGUGGUGGUCAAGUACGCCUCGCGGACGGUACACCCGAAGCGACUGAGCAACACGCAGGCAGCCGAGGAGCUACUGAAACUCAUACUGGAGCAGAGCGACACGAUCCGAGCGCAGCUGAAAAAGUUGCAGGACCGCGACAAGAAGAUCGAGAAGAUCGAGACGGAAACGCACAGAAACCGGGCGGACGCGUUGGGAUCGAAUUAUCUGUUGGAAGCGUACCUGGGCGGCAGCGGAUGCGGCGAUGACAAGGAGGAAAAGGACAGCGGCAUCACAGAAGGUGCCAGCGUGGAGAACGACGACCGCGAUGACGAAAACGACGACGAUGGCGGUUGUGAUGUUAGAGGGAAAGGAGGAGUCGUCGGUGAAAUCGCAGACUCCGGAACUCCGCCGCCGUCGUCGACGCAAGAAGCCAUCGCCUACCUGGAGAGGAUCGUCAAGAUCAACAAGAAAUUAUACGAAUACGAGGAACGUCUUAUCCGGUUGUACGUGAACGUGGAACGAUGUAGGGACCAGGAGCAACUGCUGGACGAACUGAAACGGGUCGAAACCGAACUGGUCGACACCGAACGGAUGUAUCGCGAAAACGCUCUGCUGAUACGCGAUACAGACACCGAACUGCGCACCAGGCUGAGCUACAUCGAACAGUUGCAGUACGAGGCGGCCAUCGUGGAUAGCGAGAACGAGUACCUGAUGGGAUCCAUCGAACUCCUGCAAGGCCGGCACCACCACAAUCCGCAGAACCAGGUCGAAAACCACCAUCACGCGACUAGGGUGUUAGACACGUUGGUCUAGACCGGAUGAUUACAUCCGGUGCUGCUGUGCUGUAUACUUCUACAAUAGGGCGUGAAAAUCCCCUAUUGUUGAAUUCUUUUUUUUGUUUUGUUUACCUUGUACAUUGCAAAACAGUCUAUGUUAUUCGACUACCUAUAUGUUAUUAUUACUUUUUAUGUACAUUUCAAUAAAUUUUAUCGUUAUUAAAAUAUUAUAAUGUCCUAUGUAUUACAUUUGAACGAUUAUGUAUAUACGACGAAGUGUAUUUUUAAAAAGAAAUUAUUAUUGUUGACGGAAUUUAUGUUAUGAUUAAUGUAUGGAUUACACAUUUAUAAGCAAAAUAUGAAUUGGUAUUGUGAUUUCCUAAUAGUUAACAAUCGCACCAAACAUAUUAUUAUAGAGCUAGUUUUAAAAUGUUAGCGCUUUGCACUGGGCAGAUAAUACACUCACAAUAUUAUAUUUUUGAAUUGGGCAAAAACGUAAAUAAUAAAAUAAAUAUGAAUUAGCAGACAAAUGUAAAAAAAUAAUUAAACCAUUCAUCGAGGUGUUUUUUUUCCUUUGGCAUAUUAUAAUUAUAAACAUAAUUGCUAAAAUAUAAAUCAUCUAAAUUCUAAAGACUAAAAGUAUAAGUCAUAAAAAUAUUCAAUCUGAUGGAAAUAUUUAAGUAUUGAUAUACUUGCAAUAAUAAAGAUAAUUUUAUUAUAUAGAAGCAAUACUAUUUGUUCACCUAAUACUAUUCUGUAUGUUAAUAAAUAAAAUAAUAAUAUAUAGUUUAUAAGUUUGCACCUUACAAUAUUAAGAAUAAUAGUUAUCAAAUUAAAAUUACUGCCAAGUUAAUGAAGAGGAGUGCUAGAUACUAAUCUUCAACAACCAAGUUUACUAUUAAAUAUAAUGUGAAAAAAAUCUGUAAAUAAUUAUGAACACAUGUAUACCAAAGCAUAACAUUACUGUUAAGUAAUUUAUAAUUUUGUUUUUAAAAUAAAUAAAGUAAAAAUCUCAUAA